GUGAUUUGGCAUCUAAAUUUCCGGGUUCGUCUCACCCGUGCAAAUGUGUGUUCAGAUUGCAGAUCUAGGUGAAUCCAGGAGCUUCAAGGAAAAACUGACAAGAGCUCUGAGAUCCUUUUAGCCAAAGGCUCUAAAGCGCAGCUUUUCCAGGAGAAGAGGAUGAUGGCUUCCAAAAGCGUGUGGCUGUUCCUACUGUUAAGCUGUACAGUCAGCACUGACGUCAUGGGUGACAUCAUCAUGAGGCCCAGCUGUGCUACUGGAUGGUUUUACUACAGGUCCCACUGCUAUGGAUACUUCCGGAAGCUGAGGAGCUGGUCUGAUGCUGAGCUCGAGUGUCAGUCCUUCGGAAACGGAGCCCACCUGGCGUCCAUCUUGAAUUUAAAGGAAGCCAACGUCAUAGCAGAGUACAUCAGUGGCUACCAAAAAAACCUGCCCGUGUGGAUUGGCCUGCACGACCCACAGAAGAGGCAGCAGUGGCGGUGGAUCGAUGGGGCCGUGUAUUUAUACAGAACCUGGUCUGCCAAGUCCGUGGGUGGGAACAAGCACUGUGCUGAGAUGAGCUCCGACAACAAUUUUUUAACUUGGAACAGCAACGAAUGUAACAAGCACCAACACUUCCUGUGCAAGUACCGGCCAUAGGGCCAGAACAAACAUUCUGCCAUCCCCGGCCACCAGCCUCUUUCCUCUUCCUGUUCUGCUGUGCCGGCGCCAUCUGAUCACUGUCUCAGAAAGUAAACAGGGAGGUGACUGGUGAGCUCAGUGGUGCUGAUAACACCAAGGUUGCCGGUUUGAUCCCUGCAUGGGCCC